GAGAGGGAGGUAUGUGAUUGUUUUUCGUGAGGAACGGUCAUAAUUAGGAGCAUUAAAACUCUGGCUGGGAAAGCGAACGCAAAGUUCAACAGCAUGUAGCACGCUAUCCGAGAGCAACGACAAUGAAACAGGUUGUGAACAGCGAUUAGGAAGAAAUAAUAUCCCGUGACAGCGCUAGCAAAGCCAAGACUUGUUUUUGAUUAGGUUUCGAUUAUGGAGAGUACGGAGUGGAAUGACGGUCCCGCUGGGGAGGAUUUCCUUUUGUACACCAUCGAGGAGGAGAGGUCGAGCCUAAUUUCUGAAGGCACCGCUCGGGAUUGCCGUUUGAAGAGUAACUGGGAGUUGGGGGAACCAGGAAGCGACCCCGUCAGCAAGUUUCUGGACAAGCCGGCAACAGGAGUCACUCAGUCAGACAUGGUACGCGACUCAAACGUACAGGGUCCAUUAGAAGAAAAUGAGGCAACUGUUUCACUUCCUGAAGAACCAUCACAUGAUUCAUCAGCCAUAGGAUAUUGGGAAACAGAUAUUUCACUGAAACUGAUAAUGAAACGACAAACAACAGGACUUCAUGACAUUCAGCUGCAGGACAUGCUGAGAGCAAAGCUGCGCAUUCUAGAGAAUGACUGUGGAGAGGUUGUUGUCCUCCUUAGUGAACUUUCAGCCAGGCUGCUGUCCAUACAUAGUGACCAAGACUUGAUUAUAAUUACUUUUAAAACAUUUGAAGAAAUUUGGAAAUUUUCAACAUACUACUCACUAGGCUUGGUUAGUCACUGCAUGGAAAACACACUGUUAGAUCAAGGCUUUUGGCUGAAUUGUCUUGAUGAAGAGGAUAUCAGAAUUGAGGUGCAAAUAAGUGACGAGUCUCUCAAAGUAAUGUGCAAAAGUCUUCUUUUACAGGAAGGAAUGUUUUUUGUGAAGUAUCCAUUCAGUUUUCAGCAAAAAGAAGAAAAUGACCAGCAGCCUAAAGGGAAUGACCUUGUUGCUGUCGAUAAACCAAAGAGUGGCUCUCACUUGUCAGGAAAGUCUCUGAUCAGUGGAAAGAAGAUUUCAGUUCCAAAAUCUUACAUGGAGCUGCUUGUCCCUUUUCAUCAGUGGUUUUUCAAAAGGCACAGUGAAAGCAUUGGUACACUGACUAACAUGGCAGCAGAAUUUCCUCAUCCACUUGGACAGGGAUCCUGUGUGGCAGAGGUUGAUUAUGAAGGUGUUGGACCUGAGGAACUGAGCUUUCGAAUGGGUGAAAAGAUUGAGAUAAUUGGCUUCCUCAGUACAUGUCUGCAAUGGUUUCUGGGGAAAAAUGAAGCAAAUGGAAGAAUUGGAUUUGUGAAAAUAACUCACAUGAAGCCAGAAGACUUCACACCCCUGGCAAAUGAUCUGCUGUUCAUUGAUGAAGAAGAAAAGUACUAUUUUAUGGAACAGGAUAAGUUUACUGAAGAAGAUUCCUUGGAGAUGCUUAAGCAGAUGACGCAAACCGACAUCAGUGUAGUCUAUCGAAUGGAUACGUUGAAUCCACAACAUGAAGAGAAAGAAGAAAAACAAACUCCAAGUACUCAAGAACUUGAAUUGUUAAAAGCCAAGUUGAGUAAGGCUGUAAGUAGGUUAGAAGAGGAAAAGCCUACCCCUUCAGUCAACAUGAGGGAAUCUGUUGAACAGGGUUCUGUAAGUUGUGACCAAGAGGAUGGACUUGACUCAGAGGAGCCUUGGUUGCUUGUAGAUCAUACAGAUAAACUGGACAAUCUGGAAAUCUUCCAUCGUUUCUUAGUCAUGCUUAAUAAUGAGGAAUACAGCAAGCACUUCAAACAUAUGUAUGACUCCUCUUUUUCAUUUCUAAAGUCCACCUUUCAUAACUUUUGUGAAGAAGAAGAAGUGGUUCGUUAUCUUGAGGUGGCAAGGGAGGCAGCGAGAAAGAGACAGAUGCAGUGGGCCCAAACAAGAAUCUGUUUUCUACUGGGCAGAAUGUGUGCCAAGAAGUUCAAGUACUCUCAAGCCAGAGUUUAUUUUGAAGAAGCUCUCUAUGUAAUGAAGGGUCAAUUCACUGAUUUAUUUCUCUUAAUCGCUCUAUAUACAAACCUUAUUACAAUAUACUUGAAACAGAAAAACAAAGAAAAAUGCUCUGCCAUUUUUGAGAAAAUUGCAGCCUUACUCUUGGGUAUUCCAAACUAUAUUUGUACCACUGAGAUGGAAGCAGAAGUUCUGAAUUAUAUUUUAGGGAAAGCAGUGUUAUCUGAAAAUAAACAUGCUGAGGCAAGAGCAUGCUUCCUUUUAGCUAAACUUCAUAUAAAUCUUAAAGAGUAUGAAGAUGCAUUGCCUUUCAUUGAAAGACUGCAGUUUUUGAGAAAUAUGUUAAUGUUAGAGAGUAGGACCUCCUUAGACUUUCAUUUUACAUUAGGGUCACUGUAUUACCAAAAAUGUCUGCCAAACCUUGCUAUAAGCUGUGCCAAACUUGCAUGCACACAGCCGACUAGAACUCUAAUGGAUUGUUUGAGAGGUGCUAACUUUGUUACGAAAGGGACCUCAAAGCUCUGUGGAAUGGAUAGACUGUCUUCCACAAUUCCAGUACAAGUAGUACCCUACCUCAAAUGGGCAGUUCCAUUGGCAAACAUUCUAAAACAGGACCAUAUUAGCCAAGGCCUUUGCCAGAGCUUGUCAGACAUUUACAAAUUGCAUGGAAUGUAUGGAAAAGCAAUUUAUUAUAUGAAAAUGGCCAUUAACACCGACGUAUUCACUAGUACGGAGGAGAUGAUGUCUUUGCUCAUUUCUUUUGCAUGGUUGCACAUUGUGAACAGCCAAGCUGCUAAAGCCGUUGUCUUUUUAAGCACCAUACUGGAGUCAUCUUCUGUUCAGAAUUGCCCUGUCCGACAGGGGAUUGUUUACAAUAUGGUUGCUAUCUCAAUGAGAAGAAUGGGAAAUGUCAAGGAAGCUGCUAAGAACUACCACCAAGCCCUGUCAAUCUCUGUGGUUUCGGGGCUGAAAUUGAACCAAGCUAUUACAAAUGCCAAUUUUGGUUUGCUCUGCCUUUGGUUGAAGGCCUAUCGUAUUUCUGAACAAUUUCUUUUGAAAUCCAUUCAUAUCUUCUGUGAGCUGACAAAUGUUGCAUCAGAAGCAAAAUUUUUUCAGGUCCUGAUUAUACUGGGACAGUGCUACAUCGAACAAGAAUUAAAAGAAAAUGGAAAACUUUGUUAUGAAUGGGCACUUUUAAUUGCACUGAAAGCAAAUCUUAUUGAAAAUCAAGUACGAGCCACUCAAUUGCUAUGUCAGUUCUACAACUCUAUCGUACCUAAUGAGGCCCAGUGCAUCAUCUACAAUGAGUUUCUGCUCCACCUCACUCAUAAGCUGGCAGACAAAGAACUGGAGGGACACGUUUUGCAGAACACCAGUCAACUUUACCUCAACCUGAGAACUGAAAGGGCAUUCAGGUCAGCACUGGAGUAUACCAAACGGAGCCUCGGCAUCUUUAUAGAUCUGGAGAAGAAGGAGAUGGAAGCAUAUGCUUGGUUGCAGGCUGGGAAGAUAUAUUACUUGCUGGGAGAAAAUGAAUUGGUAGAUAUGUACUUACAGGUUGCUCAAGAUACAGCAGUGUGCACAGAAAAAUUGGACUUCGCACUGGAAAUUUUUGAAGCAGCUGGAGAUGUGUUUUUUAAUGGGUCUGGGGACAGAGAGAAAGCUGUAUCCUUCUUUAGGGAUCGAGCACUUCCUCUUGCUAUCAAAGUUGAAAAUGCAGAAGUGGAACUCCGACUCUGUAACAAGCUGACAGAACUACUACUGCAUGUGAAGACUUUUGCAGAAGCACUAGAAUAUGCUCAAACUGCUCUGACACUCAGUGUGAUGCUGGGAUGGUGACUGUAUCCCUGGUUUCUGCCUGUGGCUUCCUGCCAACUGAUUUUAUUGACUGAGCAUCACAUCCCUCCCGUUCCCCUAACUGAUUUGAUUAGGAAGUCAGCAAAUGGCACUUAAGUGAGGCAUGGGCAUUAAAAUGAAUGGUUCCAACUUGCUGUUGUUCUCAGAUGGGGCCCACUGCUUUGCUGCACUCCCACUGGUGAGUUAAAAUUGAACUUUCUGCUCGCUAUAAGACGCACCCAUGAAAUAUUUGUGGCUGCCUCAACUGGGUUUAUAUUGAACUUGGCGACAAACCAAAAGGUAACAAGAAGCUGUAUAAAUAUCUGGUGCUGGAAAUGGAGGUAUCUUAGUUGUGCACUCGGGGGUGGCCUAUGCAAAAGUUAAAAGUAAGAUAGAGUAGAAGGAACUUUGCAUUAGGAUUUGCAUGAAAAGAACAAUGUAUUUAUACUGUGAAUAUGUUCCUAAGUACUUUGCAGUCAAUGAACUAUUUUUGAACUCUAGCUACUGUUAUAAUAUCAUGCUUGAAAGUCACAAAAUAUAAACUAACAAGAUCUACAAAAUUAGAUCUUCUAUUUAUCUGAUAUCAAAUGCAUGUUCUUUUGCUGCCCAUUAAUGUAAUGCUAGAGUACUAGCAACUUAAAUUGGCAAGUGCCAAGCUUUAGGGAAACUAAAGUCUACAUAGGGUAAAACUGGAAUUUAAAACUUAAAACUGACUAAAACCAUCCAGCUCCCCAAUACAACUGAAAGAUAAGAGUCCUGCUGCUUAUCCAACUAGGACAUCCCACUUUAUAAAGGCAUGAGCUUUCAGGGCUACUGCAAACUAGUAGGAAGAAUCUUGGCCUUCUCAGAAGGGGCUACUACUGUAAGGCUCAUCAUCAGCAAUGCGUCUGCACAAAGGUGAGCUCAGGCCUGGAGACAAGAUCUCCCCUCCAUUAGAUAUUGGAUUAUGGAUUAUGCAUCAUGCUACAGAAAGUUGACUGUUGGAUCAUAACAAAGACUUGCAGGUUUUAUUGGAAUUAUUUUUGAAAGAAGUUACAUUUUAAUUACAAACAUCAAAACAAUACAGCCUUGGUCCAAAUGUGCACAUAAAGGCUGGUCUGGAGGUGAGGCAUUACUGAAUGCCUUUGGCGUCAGGCUGCAGAGUGUUACAUCAAAAACCUGAAGUUAAUGGGAAUCUGGGGGGAAUUUCUCUAUUGGUUAAAAUCGUAUCAAACAAAAAAGCCAGUGGAAGUGGUUGGAUGUAAAUUAUCUCAGCUCCAGAUAUCUCUACAGGAGUUCCUUGUGAUGGUAUCCUAGAACUGACCUUCAUCAAUGACAUUCCCUCCCAUGAAGAAGUCAGGAGUGAAUGUGUGCAAACAACAGUUAACAAUGUUCACCAUUAAAUGUGACACCUCAUACUGAAGCAGUUGGUCUCUGUAUCCUGCAAGAUCUGGAUAAUGUCAGGUGGUUUAAUAAGUGACAAGUAAUAUCUUCAUGCCACGCAAUUUACAAAUAAUGAUCAUCUUAAAGAGAAUCUAACCAUCAACCCUUGACUUUCAAUGUCAUUACCAUUUCUGAACCUAACCUGUCAGUUUCUUGACAUUGAUGCCGAGCACCUAUGUGAAGUGCAAGCCCAUGCACACAUCCAGCAGACACUGAAUGUGCUUGACCUGACUCUAGUGAUGCUCAUUGGCCUCUCCAUGGAGACAGCUAGACACAUGUGUACACAUGCUGGAGCCAGCACAGCACUCCAAAUGUUUGGAGACUCCUCCAUCCUUUGAUUCAUUUUACGACUGCCUCUGACAAACCUGCCUGCUGAUUCUGUGCAGGUCUGGGUAUUUUAAAGUUAUUAAUGGCUGAGACCGUAGGGUCAGCUUUUGUCUAGGACUGAGCAGGUACCUGGUCUCUGGAAGUCCUCUGAGUGUGAGAAAUGCGUGUUUCUUCCUAAACCAGAUGUGGCAGUGAUGUGCCCACCAAAUUGUGCUCCUGUGUCCAAUCUAAAUCAGGAACCCACCAAAGUGGGUAAUGGUUGUGAAAGUCUUACUGGUGUAUUCUUCAAUGGUUUCCUCCUUUUACAGGCAGAGGUGGUGGUGGAGCUGAGGGUCUCCUGGACCGGCCUCCCCUCAUGGUGGAGCUACUAGUGCCUGCACAAGGGCAGAGAGGGUUGUGUAAGGGAUAAAAGUUCAUAAAUAUUUAGUUGGUGGUAAUGGGACAGCUAAGGAGCUUAGCACAAUGAGGCUUAGUACAGCACAAUGAAGCUUUUAAAGGGUUGGUUAUGCGUAGAGGUCCUUUUCAUUCCCACCACCACCUCCAGCUGGAUCCAAGAGCUUUCCCCCACGUGACAUGAAGAGCCUUGCAUUUGUCAACCUAUAUCUGACCCUCUUGGCCUGGUUGUGAGCCUUUUUCUUUUUGCAAUGAAGUGAUCACCUAACAUAGCAGGGUUCCUCAAAGUGUUUUUGUAUCUGCUUCUUUGAGGUAAGGGUAUGUAAAUCUUUAAUGAGAAAUAUUUUAGGUUUACCACCCAAAUUGCUUUUUCUUGCUGUAUAUAUUUGAAGAUGGGCUAAAUUGUUGUAGAGCAAGUCCCUUAUUUUGACAUCUUAUUUGUUGAAUUUGAAACAUUAUUUUGACAUCUGUGAAAUCUAACUUGUGAUCUUAAACUUCCUGCAGUUGUCACUUUUUAAGUUAUUAACAUUGAGCAUUCAAUAAAAGAUUUAAGGCAACAGUGUUUUGUGACAGUAGUAGAGAAUGUUGGUUAUACCCAGAAGAUUAACCAACAUUCUGAAGAGAGAAGCAGAUGUAACAUUGUAGGUUGAUGUCUUCUCAUCAAAACUGGGAGAACUUAGAAAUGUUUUCAGUUUUAUCCACUAAAAGGGAGGAAUGUGGAGAAAGAAUAAAAGCAAAGGUCUGCGGUGGAAGACAGGCAAGAUUAAAUGGCAAAAAGCUUGAGGUGCUGUAAUAGAGAUAAUGGCAAUAGGACAAGUAAAGGAUCAAAAGAUGUUUGAAUGGUGGAGUGGUGAACAGUGACACUGCAAUGUGAAGCAAAAGAAAACUGAGAGCAAAACCAAACACAACAAAAAAAGGAAUCAAAAUGGAGAGAAAGAUCACAGUUUGAAGUUGUUGAAUUCACUGAGUUUGGAAGGCUGCAUAAUGCUGAAUGGAAAGAUGAGGUACUAUUCCUCAAUCUUGCAUGGAGUUUCAUUGGAGCACUGCAGGAGGUUUAGGACAGAUUGUUCAAUGUGAGAGCAAGGUUGAGAAUUAUAUUGACAGGACAUAGCCAAGCCAUGCCUGCAGACUAAAUGGGGUUGUUUUUGCAAAGGGGUCACUCAAUCUACUUCUGUCUGCAUUUGAGCAUUGAAUACUGUCCAACAAAUUCAAAUAAUUACAUUUAAAUCAUUGUUUCAUCUGCAAAAAAGUGUUUAAAACAUUGAACAGUGACAAAAGUGAAAGGCCAGCUUUAUUGCCUCCUGCUCUAACUUGGAAAUACAUUGUAGGAAGGGGAUGGGUUGAUUGAGGAAUGGACCAAGUUUUCACUGAAGGAAUGAUUCACUGGAGGGGAAAGAUGUAUUUGGUGGUGGUAGCAUGUUGGAAAUGGUGGAGCAUAAACUGUUGAAGACUGGUGCAGUGGACAGUGAAGACAAGAGAAACACUAUCGUGGAAUAGUAAAUGGGACAGAUACAGUCUUAGACCCAUGUGGGAGAUCCUCAGGUGAAGGAAAACGAAGACUGUCAGAAGCACUGAUGUGAAAAAUUGCAUCAACACAGCUACAGCAGCAACUGUGAAGCUGGGAGAAUGGAAUGGACUCCUUUUUAGGAAUUGGGCUGUGAUAAAAUGUACUCAAGGUCACAGUGGAGGCCAGUAGACUUGUACUAGAUAUUAGUUGAUGCCUGAACCCCAGAAAUAGAGAGAAGUUGAAGAGGAAAGGGAAGAGUCAGAGAUGGACCAGAUGAAACCAAGAGAAGAGUGGAGUUGGAAGCAAAGCUGACUAAGUUGUUCAGUUCAGGCAUCAGAACCAAUAUGGUCAUCAAUGCACCAGAAAACAGGUGAGCGAGGAGGACUGGUACGAAAAAUGUUCCACAUUUCCCACAAGGCAGGCUUUACUCGAACCCAUCUAGGUGAACGUGGGAAGAAGUUUUUUCCCUGCAUAUUUUUUUAAGAUGGAUUACACGAUUACCAAAAAGAUAGAUUUUAAUGUUCAGGGCCAAGCAUUUAUUUUUCGACAUCAGACAGUAAAGUCAAGCAUGUUAAUGUCAUAUCAUUGAUUGCAUGAGGAAAGAAUUUUCCGCUUCCUUUUGCCCAUUGCCCCUUGGAGUACAGUAAUCUAUUAAUGGAAAAUUUACGGGUGAUGGUGGACAGUGUCAUGAUUUAGAAAUUGCAUUGAAACACUUUUCACAUUGGACCUUUGCAGCUGAAACAGAAGGAUUUUACCCUGUCUGUCUGGGCUUGUUGUAGAUCUACAUAAGAGAAAGUGAAGACUGCAGAUGCUGGAGUGGCAGCUUCCAAGAAGCAGAAGAAUCGACAUU